AUGUACGACGAUCUGGGCCUCAAUGGCACGGAGCGCAUGUGCAUCGACGGGGAGGUGACGCUGAUUCCCGAGCCAACCAACUCUCCAAAUGACCCUCUGAACUGGAGCGCCUUCAGGCGGUACUGGCAUGCAUUUAUGGUUUUGUUUUUCGUUGCCCUGACCGCGGCAACUUCCAACUCUGCCGGCACCGCCGGGAAUGGCAUGAACGCCGAAUUGGGCAUCACGUGGGACGACAUCAAUAUCGCUGCUGGUGUUUUGUUUGUCGGUAUUGGCUAUACCACCCUGCUGCUUGGCCCGGCGCCCUUUUUGUAUGGGAGACGUAUCUCGUACUUGAUUUGUCUGAUGUUCUCCGUCAUCGGUUCCAUCUGGUUUGCCCGCGUGCAGACUGUGCAGGACAAUAUUUGGAACCAGCUCUUCGUGGGUGCCUCCGAAUCUUGCGCGGAGGCUCUCGCCCAGCUGUCUCUUUCCGAUCUGUUCUAUCAGCAUCAAAGAGGUCUUGUCCUGGGCUUGUACAUCCUCGCCACUAGUAUUGGUACUUUUAUGGGACCGUUGAUAUCCAGCUUCAUCACCGACUCAUACCUGGGGUGGAGAUGGACCGGGUGGCUUGCUGCGAUCAUCUCUGGAGGUCUAAUCUUCAUCUUCUACUUCACGUUGGAGGAAACUUCCUUUGAUCGGAACAAUCCUCUUCAUGGACAUGCUACGUCCAAGACCGAGCCGGCGUCCAACGAUGUCCCUUCGGAAGAAAAGGAGAAAACCGUUGCAAAGGUGCAACCGAUGUCCUCCGACCGUGAAGUCGACGAAGAAUGCGGCGGAAAGGAGAAGAGGAAGACUUAUUUCCAGCGCAUUGCUCUGAUCACCCCAUCGCCAACCUUGGUCGGAACAGGUUUCAAGCAGUACUGCCGCCGCCUACUACACACACUGCGUGUCUUCACCUUCCCAGCAGUCCUCUACUCGGGCCUUCAAUGGGGAGCCCAAGAUGCCUGGUUGACCUUCUAUCUCACCGUCGAAGAAGAUAACUGGUACGGAGAACCCUGGAACUACAGCAACACCGCAGUCGGUAUCAUGUGCGUGCCGACUCUCAUCGGGGCAGUCAUAGGCUGCAUUUACGGUGGAUGGUUCUCCGAUUUCUUCGUUGUGUGGAUGACCAGACGCAACAAGGGCAUCUUCGAGGCCGAGCAGCGUCUCUGGCUCCUGUUGCCUGUUGCAUUUAUCGGCCCUGCUGGUCUGAUGCUGUUUGGAAUUGGUUCCGACAAAGGCUGGGAUUGGCACAUGCCGUAUCUUGGAUUGGGAUUUGUCGGCUUCGGCUUCGGCUGUGCAGGUGACCUCAGCAUGGCGUAUCUCAUGGAUGCAUACCCAGAAAUGGUGCUCGAAGGCAUGGUCGGAGUCUCCGUCAUCAAUAACACUAUCGGCUGUCUUUUCACGUUCACGGCUCAGAAGUGGUUGGAUGCGCAGAGUCUGGCGCAGGUCUUCAUUGCGCUUGGCGUCUUGAGCUUCUUCUUCCUGAUGACCACUGUCCCGAUGAUAUACUGGGGCAAGCAGUGCCGGAAGAUGACUCGGAAGCAGUAUGAGGCUUUCUUGCGGCUUCGUGAUGGACCAGCCAAUUAG